UCUGCAAGGGUAAUGCAAGGUGCUGAGCUUUUUCCUGGUUGCCGUGUGUUAGCCAGGAGAGAGAUAGAUGGGUUUUACUACCUGGGGACAAUCAUACAUCAGUGCAGAGGAAAUCUUUAUAAGGUGGAGUUUGAUAAGUUUGGACCUAAAGGAAUUACAUUUAUGGACACAGUUCAGCCAACUUGCCAGCCUGAUUUGGUUAGUCUAGCCAGUGCACACAGGCACAGUAUCAUACCAGGGGACACUGUUCUAGCACCAUGGGAGCCAGACAUGAGACGAUAUGUGCCUGGAAGGGUCAUUUCCGGUAUGGAGCUAAGAGAUCCACUUAAAAUUGAUGAAGGUCUUUUGGGACUCCAGGUUCUCUUCUGGAACGGGAUGACAAUUCAUGUCCCCAAACAGCUCGCAGUAUGGAUUCCAGCCUCUCAUUAUGAACAAAUCAUCAAAGACCUCCGGCGUUAUUCAUCCCGGCCAUGUUGCUCCAGGGUUUCCCACUGCAGCACCAUGAACUGUUUUGAAUUUCCAUGUCAUCAAUGUGACCACCCCAGUCUGUCCUCCAUUCCACCAUGCCACUGUUCAGUGAGGUGAUGCUGGCCAGUGUUCAUGUCA